AUGGCGCCGCUGAGAAGUGGCCAGGCACGGAGUCGGCCCCGAAGAGAUACCACAAAGGCCCCGAGUGUAUUCGACGAAUCAGAUCGCGAUGAGUACGCCGAUUUUCAAGACGAGGAGCCUCCUACCAAGCGCAUGCGAACAUCUCGAAGGUCUCAAACAACACCAAAAUGGGUUCCUGGUGGACGGGGCGGAGGAGGAAGACAUAUAGAUAAUGAGAACACUCCCUCCAAUCCAAGAAUGUCACGCGCCAAUGACGAGUACACGGUUCCCCGAACGCGUCCCAGAUCGAGUCGAGAUCGAAGAAAAACAACGGCCUCGACCCCUCGGUUCUCAGCAAGAAGUAGGAACCGCGGUGGCACUCGCCCUCGGUAUAGUACGGCUGCAGCAGCAUCUGCCGCUGUGGCGCAUGGGGAUGGUUACAAACCUCGGGAAGAGCGGGGCUGGGAAGAGUUCCAUUCAGACUUAGAACUCGAUAAGGACUUCGCGGUCAUUGUUUCUGAUGAGAUUGAUGGGGUCUCAGCUUCGGCAACUAACGAGGGACAUAUCGUUGGCUCAACAUCAGAAGCAGGCGAGACGCUGAAUGUCGGCUAUCAGACCCCCUCUAAACGAAGGCCGGGCAGACCACAUCGCACACAAAACUCUAUGGUACAUGCGCUGCUGACGCCAGAAGCUCCAAAGUUUGUGCCAAUGCCCGGACCAAAUCCUCGAGAACGACUUACACUACCCAGACCCUCCUACAGAGAGCUCGAUCCCUUCUUGUCCUAUGAACAGAAAGACAUUGCACAGGUGGACUUUGUUGACAAAUCAAUGGCCAACGUCGGUUAUCAAGAGAGUGAGGUAUUCCUACGACCAGAGCGCACACUCAUUAGGCAAAUGGAAGGAUCUGCUGAAGAAGACCUCGACCUGACGCCUGAUCUCAUCACCAACGGAGAAAACUCAGCUAUAGGGAGCACAGGAGUUGGCCGCGUGGAGUAUGACAUGGACGAGCAGGAUGUGAAAUGGCUUGAAGCUUUCAACAAGGGCAGAACAAAAGAUGGGGUCCAAACCAUCAAGCCUGCGAUUUUUGAGAUAACCAUGACCAAGAUUGAGAAAGAAUGGCAUGCACUCGAGAAAAGAAUACCCAAGCCAAACCCGAAAGCACCGCAGACUCAACGGCCGCGGUCUAGCAGUGCUGCCGCCGUCAAAGGCGAACCCUCAGGAGAGGAGCCCGACAGCAAGUGCGCGAUAUGCGAUGACGGUGAUUGCGAAAAUGCCAAUGCAAUCGUUUUUUGCGAUGGCUGCGACCUUGCUGUUCACCAGGAGUGCUACGGUGUUCCGUACAUUCCAGAAGGUCAAUGGUUAUGCAGGAAAUGCCAGCUCGUGGGGAACUCACGUCCAAGCUGCAUUUUCUGUCCGAAUGAAGGAGGUGCUUUCAAACAGACCAACAACUCCAAAUGGGCGCAUCUUUUCUGCGCAACCUGGAUACCGGAGGUCACCAUUGGUAAUCCAUCACUGAUGGAGCCCAUAACGGAUGUUGAAAAGGUUCCGCCCAGCAGAUGGAAGCUCUUAUGCUAUAUUUGCAAGCAAGAAAUGGGCGCAUGCAUUCAAUGUAGUGAUGGCCGGUGCUAUGAGCCCUUUCAUUUGACAUGUGCGCGUCAAGCAGGCCUCUACUUGCGGAUGAAGACAGGGGGUGGGCAAAAUACACUCAUGGAUUCAUCACUGUUGCGAGCAUUCUGUCACAAGCAUUCGCCUGCAGACUGGAAACACGAGCACAACACGGAUAAAGCCUUUGAAGAAGCGCAGAAGUACUUCAAGGACCACUUCCGUGGUCAGAUAUGGGCAGACAGUCGAGCUUCAGCCCUGGCAAUCAACGAUGUGCAUGAUACGCCUAGUACCGACAAAGGCCCCUUGAGAGUAACCCUGACGAACAGAAAAGGCCAAAAGCAGAAAACCAUCUGGCGCCUUCCAUCAGGUGCGCCUGUCAUUCCCGAGGUCAUCCUUAAGUCUAUCGAAGAAUCUCUUGUUAGGUUCACUGUUCAAAGAAAGAAGGAGUAUGUCUCGGAGAUCUGCAAGUAUUGGACCCUGAAACGCGAAGCACGCAGAGGUGCGGCCUUACUAAAGCGCUUACAACUGCAAAUGGAUACCUUCAGCUCUUUCGAAGUAACUCGCCGCGAUUACAAGGCUCAAGGUGCGGCAGGAAGAGCAAGGUUAGACCGUCGCAUCGACUUUGCACAAAUGCUUGCCACCGACAUGACCAAAAUCGUUGAAAUCUGCGACUGGAUCAAGCAGAGGGAAGCUCUGAAACUACAGGAAGCUGCCUUGAUGAAAGAUAUCGUGGAUACUGUCUACUUUCCAGUACCACAUCUGCUGGAACCAAUUGUCGAUAAAGCUCUCAAGCUCGACCGGGGUUUGUUCCGAAACGAGUUACUAGAACUACGUGCUCGGGUGUGCAGACGGGAACACACUUCUGUAGCAGCUUUCUCCCAUGAUGUUCUACAGGUUAUCAACUCAAAAUUUGGCAACAGUGCCGCAACGAUAACGGAACUUAUUACUCUCGUUAGUGGCAGGGCAGAAGAUAUGGAGUAUGAAGCUCGUGAACGGCGAACACUGGCACGGCGUAUCGUCAAGGGCAUCGAGCCAAUGAUCGAAGAUGCUGCCAGGAAAGAGGCUGAGUUGAACGGGCGACCCUAUGCGCAGCAGAUACGUGAAAUGGAUGAAGCACUUCUUUCCAGGCGUGAUUCGCUAGCGGUCUCGAUGGACAUUGCCAUUCUCGAGUCGGUAGAGACCAAGCACGCCACAGGCAUCGCAAGUCCGGAUGACGGUGAUGUAAUCAUGGAGGAUGCAACAACACAAGUGAUUGACAGCACACCAACGCUUGACUCUGCGGAGAUGAACAACCAUUUGGAACACUCUUCAGAGCCCCUAAAGACAGAAGCUCUCCAGCUACAGACAGCAGCCUCAGUGGAGACUCCACCAGCAUCCACUAAUGGUUUCAAAAUUGAGCCGAAUCACACCGAGGAAAUGGCCCCUACACAAGUCCAACACGUUGAACCACCUACCCCACCAAUGAGCCUCGAAGGUCAUUCACAGAAUCUUCCCACCGAAGGCGGUAUCCCUUGGUAUGUGGCUGCAUUUGACCCUGAUGGCCUGACUGUGUAUGAAGAACGUUGGACUGGGCCCGAAGUCCUACGAGAGCUGAGUGAGGAGUUAAGCGAGAUGGAUGAGGAUGAACUCCUUGGUUUAGGCCCUGGAGAUGAUUUGGUAGGAGACGGGGAUAAAGCCUUGGUUGGGAAAGAGCUUGACCCAAGCAUUGCCGACCCUAUUGCGACGAAGAAGAUGAUACGCAAGGGAGGUAAACGUACUCGUACCUCUGAAUGGGGUACGAGAUCCUUCCGACUUCGUAGGUGA